AUGUAGAAUAUUWUUUGGGUUUYGUCUCGAUUURAAGAGCGCCUGUGUAGUAAUGUACCAAACAUAUUGUAARUAGUGGUCGACUGAAGUAUGCACAUCGGUGUAUCGGUGGCUUAUUCAGUGUAAAAAGACCCUGUAUAUCAGCUAGCAAUACCAGAACUCCAGGUUAAUGAAAGUAAUUCAACAAUGGAAGUAUUUACUAGCGAAGAUGCCAAGAAUAUAUUGUGGAAGAGGUUUGUUGUGGUCAUUGGAGACUCUGUCCAGCGUUGUGUGUAUAAAGACCUUGUAUGCCUUCUUCAGCCAAACAACAACAAUACUGGCUAUCUGUCACAGAAAGAACUAAAAGCCAAGGGUGAACUAGUAUUCUUGGGUGAUAAGCUUCUUGAAGGUGGUGAGUUAAGUGAUGUUAAAACAGGAAUUAARUACCGUGAAGUAAGGCAGUAUGACACUGGUACCACACUCCUUAAAUUCUAUUUUGUAACUCGAUGUUACUCUGAACACGUCGAGUCUGUUCUCAAUGAAGUAAAGACCAUCCAACCACAUGUCAUYAUWAUGAACUCAUGCUUGUGGGACCUUCAUCGAUAUGGUCCCCGCGGACCAGAGACAUAUAGAAGUAAUAUGAAUAAGCUAGUAGAAGCUGUAAAGAAAGUCAUACCCAAAGAUGGUGUAUUUAUAUGGAAUGCAACAAUGCCACUUGGUCCAAAGUGUAAAGGGGGAUUCCUUUUGCCAUACUAUGAGAACAUUCCAUCACAAGAGAUUCUAGAAGCUAAUUUUGUUGCCAGUGAAGCUGUCAGAUUAUCCAAUUUCAUAUWUCUAAACCUACAUUCAACAUUUAGCAACCAGUUGCACUUACGGGCUCUUGACGGCAUACAUUGGAAUAGUAUCGCACAUAGAAGAAUAUCAAACCUAAUACUACAUCAGUUAUGUCGAGUUUGGAACCAUCCAGUGCCUAGUAGAUUACUAAUGGAGCCCCUUCUACCACCAACUCCUCCCUUUGGAGAAAGGCCAUUGAGCAGAUCGUUCUCUUUUGAUUCAAAUCUAGAGAGAUAUAGCCCUAAAGUCUACCCUUAUAGUUGUCCUGUCAGUGACAGAAGAUAUGUUGUUGAAAGGACAUUAGAAGAGGAAAAUGCUAGUAAUUAUAGGGAUAGGUUUAGAUUGAUAAGUACCCCUGUUUCCACUUCUAGAAUUAGUUCAUCUUUCAAUAGUCCAAACUGCUCAGGCUUUGAUCCAAAGAAGGGGGAAACCUGCUCUGCCCCACUGCUCUCAAGCUCUCCAGUUGAGUCCUCUUCAAAGACACAUCUUAGUGAUGUUUCUGGAGCUUCCACAUCUCAGACUCAGCUCUCUACAUCUGUGGUACAAGAGCCAACAUCUCUGGCUGGAACUUCGCCAUGUUUUGUUGAAAUCAAAACAGUACUGUUAACUGAAGACAAACCAUUGCCACAUGAAGAGAAACCUUUAGAGAAACCAUUACAUCUUGAUGGAAAGUGCUUGAUGCCAGACAUGAAAUCAGUCCUGUUGGGAGACACACCUUCAUCAUAUGAYGUUAAACAUUCUGAGAAGCAGUCACAUAUGAAUCCAUCUGUGACAAGAGGACUGCUAGGAGACAAGCCUUCUAUUCUUGGAGACAGGCCUUCACCAUUUKCAGAUAAACCYGUAGCUUUUGGAGAGAAAUGUCAAUURUCUUAUGAGGACCAAGAAGAUGAACCAUUAAUAGCCAAAUCUGAACAACUUGAAUUGAAACCUUUGUUACUUGAAGAAAAGCCUUCAGUAUCUGAAGAAAAACACCCAGUUGUACAAGCASUAAACAAAGAGAACAAUUCUGCAAACAUUGAAGAGAAACCAUUAACUAUUCAUCAAGAAGUAGUUGAAGAGAGGAAAACUACAACAAGGGAAGAGAAAAUAUUCAUUGAACAAGAAUUAGUUGAAGACAAACCUACAGAAACCAAAGAGAAUUCAACAGUUAUUAAAGAAGAUAUAAUUACUGAGAAGAAACCUUUGCCUUUUGAAGAUGGAUUAGCCAUUGUGUCCUCUCUAUAUGAAGACAAAYCACCACUGGUUAAAGAAAAACUCUCAUUGUCUGGAGAAGARCAUUUGUGUCAUGUUGARGACAAACCAUUAGCAACAGAAAACAAAUCCAUCGAAGAGAAUCAAGUCUCUUGUGGAGGAAACCUUACUCCAGUGAAAAACAUUACUAACAAGAAUAACAUUCCAACUGUUAACAUCACAUCUCCUCCGUCUGCAACCAUACCCAAUGGAAUGGAGGCUUAUCCUACUGGGAAUACACCUCCUGAUAUGGCAUCAAACACUCCCCAAACAGUAUCACUUUCCAUGGAAGAAGCAUGCCAUGUAACAAGUGAAGAUGAUGACAUUGCAGARGAGCACCUCAGACAGAUGCUGUUAGUUUCACAGCAAGUAAAUCGUGAACUCAAAAAAUCACAAAGGAUUAAGAAUGAAAGAGUUAUGACAGCCACAUGUUCUGGCAAAAGCCUCAAUCAAACAGAAACUGUUGACACAUUAAACUGUUCAAAGAGUAACRUACAAUACAUGUCUACCUCAGUGAAAACAGUAAAGGAAAAUGAUAAGGGAACCAGUGCAAACAAACAGGAUGACAGCAAACUGAAGCAUACUAGUACUGACAGCUGUGAAAUUGCAAAGAAAAUUACCACAUCUAAAGAAAAUGGAGAUGAUAAAUCUGGUAAAAUUCAAAACUCUGGCAAUAAGAACACUGUCAAAAACARCAUGAAAGAUAUCUCAAGGAGUAAUGAUCGUAAUACUAGUAGAGGCAUAAAGCGUAAAGUGACAAUCAUGCCAGAWUCUUCACCCAGAAAUAAACASAGAAAGGMRGAAGACAAAAGGGUUUUCUUGUCAAAAUGUAAAAUUCAAUGUCCUUCAACCAGUGAYGUGCCRCUGGCAGCUCAAGCAACACCAUUAAGUAAAAAUCGAAAACGCAAGGCUUCAGAUWGUUCUUCUCAAAGUAAGYGUGCUAAACAUGAAGAACAGGAGCAUGGYUUGACCCGGAAAGUCAUUAUCAAGUCUAGUGUAUCUAACACUAUUACAACACAGAGCAAUACAGAUUCAUUACCUGAUAGAAGCAAGUCAUCACCUAAUCAAUUAUCAACUCAUAAAAGACUGCUAUCAUCAAAGAGAAAUGAAGGUUCACACAUUACUCAGAAUGCAGCCUUUACUGUACCUAAAGUUCCACAAAAUUCAAGGAGCAAAUCAAAACAUCAACGUUCAAAUUCCAUGUCAAUACCUGUUGUAUCACACCUUCAACAACAAUAUCCAAUGAGUAACUCUAUCUGGACUGGAACUYUUGGCGGACAUGCAAUUAAUCCAUUGACUCCGAUAGCAAGGGGAAUUAAUAGUAGUUCAAUGACACCAAUAGCRAGGGGAAUUAAUAGUAGUYCAAUKACACCAAUAGCAAGGGGAAUUAAUAGUAGUUCAAUGACACCAAUAGCGAGGGGAAUUAAUAGUAGUUCAAUGACACAGCAACAAAUUGCACAACAGCAGUUAAUGUUUAACAUGGCCCUUCAUCGCAGAAGCUCCUUCCCUCCUGUUAACCCCUAUGUGAACCAAUGGGGCAUGUAUAGAGGCUAUCAGCAUGGUAACCAAAGGUAUUAAAUGUAUUGCUAUAVUAACAACAAUCUGAUUGGACAAAAAGCAUGUUUACUUAUUGUUGGCAUAGCAAUCAUAUCAGCAUGGUAGCCAAAGGUAUUAAAUGUAUUGCUAUAAUAACAACAAUCUGAUUGGACAAAAAGCAUGUUUACUUAUUGUUGGCAUAGCAAUCCUGUAUGCAGCUGUUUGAUUGGAUAAGUGCUUCCAGGCACAGAAAUAGGGAUCUGCAUACUGAUUGGUCAUGCAUUGUUUGCAAGAGUGUUUCCAUAGUAACAUUGGGAUCCUAACACUGACUGGACAAGUGUUAUUUGGAAAUGAAAGUUACAAAUGUUCUUGAACCUCAUCAAAAAGAACAUUUAUUGUGAAAGAAAACAUUUUAUAAUAAGAAUUAGUAUCAAUAUUAAAAUACAUUUAUGUUUGUUGCCAUUUUCURCAUGAGACUAUUUUUCGGAUUAAUAUCUACAAGAAUUUAAUAUUACAAGAAUGAUUAUUUCAAUUAUUUUUAAAGAUAAUGUUGAAUUGAUUUUGGUAAGGCAUGAUUGAAGCAAUUGCACAUUUAUUGAAGCAAGAUUUGUGUUUUUUAAGUGUAUUUGACUUACAAAUCAUAUUUUCCGAUCUGACUGACAAUGAAAUAGUUUUGGAAUAUAUUAUCCUUUCAUGAUAAAAUGAAAAAAUAUUGUUAACGUUAUCGGGUUUUUGAUGUUAUUUGUUUCAUAAAAACCCAUUAAAAGGUAGUUUAUGAGAAACUAGAGAACUUUAGUAUUGUGAUAUUUAUGUAGUUAUCUGUAUAUUAAAGUUUAUGAAUUAAACGACUAUUGGUUUUACAUUGUCGUCGAUCUGGGACCUCGAUAAUCUGCGCUGAUAAUACAGAAUACAGGCACGUACUGUGUUUCCUAUUACUYGGCUUAUUUAUAUGCAACGUUUUGGUUACAGCACUCUCACAUUCAGUUCUACGACUCGUCAUUACUUAUUGCGAAUGCUCYGAUGUGAUUUCUGAGCCCAYAUUUUCGCCAUUUUCGAAUUGAGAUACAGUUCUUUCUUAAAAUAUUGACAACGUUGCUUUAAUUUGCUGUAUAAUAUCGUAGUGUAAUAUAGAUAAGUAAAGUUGUCUUCCAUAGGGCAUUGCCACUUUUCUAUUAAAAAAAAUAAUUAAAUAAUAUAAUACUACGCAUUACUUCCAGCCGUACCGCCUUCUGUGUUGUAAUCAAAUKGUGAGAGYCAUUAUAACAGAUAAGGGCUCAACGACUUUAGUUUUUUUACGUCAGACGUAAUGGACAUGACGUUCACUUAUAGUUUACGUAUAUUAGUGCGGUCUAGUGUAGUAAGGAAGUUUUAAGAUUGCUCAAAUCUAGGAUAUUAUAAUUAGACGAAAAGAAAAGCGAGAUGAGACAUACAAGUCGAAAAACAGAGUUCUGCUAGAUUUUGAAAGAGUGAAAAAACGAAAUUAAAGAAAAGAGAAAAAAGGAAAGGAAGAAAAGAAAACUGGACAAAACACAAAAAGUAUCAAAGAGAUGAAGCAUACAUUGUUUAAAAAAAAGAUUUCUGGAAGUAUCGAGAAGAAAGCAAAGAAAACAUUAAAAUCGCCUCUGAGGUCUUUGAGAAAUUAUAAAUACAAUCUAUGAAAUAUACGUAUUUKAGAUAAAAGAAUGUUAUCUUUGUAUCCGAUCAAAGACAAAAGUGAAAACUGUUUUUGACAAAAAAUCCUUGUUARCGGAAAAUUAUUAGUCCUUGAUGAUAAGAGAAAGAUAUAUAAACUAAGGAACAACUAGUUAGGGAAUGACUUAAUUCAUAACAUAAAAYAAUAGGGAUAAGACAGCUGUCGCACGCACGCYYUUGACCGCAAUCAUCCACAGCUCGAGAUAAAGGCAAUUGUAUUGAUAAACUAGCCAAUAGCAAGACAACGCCCACACGUUGUUAAAUACUCCAUCAUAAACAGAUGAAAAUGCAAAUAUUGUUGACACGAAACCACGCUGACAUCGCACAGCGGUCUUGCCGUCAYAACAAUAACUGGCCAAUCGUAGAUAUGCUCACCUCGUGCUCAUAUUGUACGACGUUUUCAAGGGAGGCAAAACAAAAACUUAAUAGGUUGGUAUGGACAUCCACGCGUGAUGUGCUUCACAACAAUCUGGUGAGCGCACGUAUCGUGUUGGCUACUAAAGGCCAAAGUAUCGGAUAAAAAAUUUCUGAAGCCCGAGUAUCGCCUAUAAAUACACCGAUUCGAGCAGCAUCAAUUCUUGUAGCAACUGACUUUAAAACAAAGACCCAAUGACAGCGAUAAUGUGCGAGAAGUCUUACGCAACCAAACCGGUUGAUCUGGUUAACUUACCAGUCGAACCAACAAGCCCAAUACUACGGUCAAAGUAUUACCCAAGGAUAUCCAAACAAGUAACGCCGCGAUCUAAACCUGUUGAAUCAAACCUGAAAAAACCGGUUUUAUCAAAGCGCAACAACCCUUUUAACCUCUCUUGUUCCCAUGUGAACAUGAAAACCAAGGACUCAACGACGAACCCUCGUCUCGAGGUCAAAACUACACUACCGCCCACCACAGGAAGACCGCGAAAAAUGUUAUCGGCCAAYUUCCCGAGCACUGUAGAAACGAUACCUUUGAGAAACAAAAUGACUUUGAUGAAAUCGUCUUUAUCGCGUUCUUCUCUAUACAAGACACCUGAUUGUCCAUCAGCAUGGUCGAGGCAGRUCGGCACCAAUAAACCGACCACGCCCAGGGUGUAUGGGGACUGCUAUGAUAGCGUUGAUGUUAUGGAAUCAAAAACCASUACUGACUACAAGACACAGAAUACUAAUAUGGGAUAUAGAGAGAAGUGUUUACAAUGGCUUCUUACUCUCCCUGACUAGUUUUCGAUAACAAUUAWGUGCCGUGCUAUGGUAAUUUCAUUAAAUCCUAAGCAGUCAAAUCGCUCGCUCCCGAAUUUUACUAAUAUGACUGUAUGCCAAUAAUUAAUGAUGAUGUCAAAUAUUGACAAGAACAUUAGACAAUUUUUUUCUCUAGAGUGCUUUUAGUAAAAACGUGAAACUAUUUUGUUCUACUUUAUAGUGCUAAUUUCUUURUUUCGUGUUCAACUAGCACAAUUUUGUAAUUAGUUUUUCACGCUUUUACUCCAAGCCAGUCAACUCUAGCAGUUUUGACAUAAAUACCAAAUGAUAAAUCCAAAUUUAGCGUACAUAUGUAUAAAACAGCGUUUUGUUUAUAUAACGACACUUUACAAGUCGAGACAGCAGAAAAGGAAUAUAAUCUUCCUGUGACAUAAACUGUACACUGUUAUAUUUACUGAAUUAAACAUUCAAAUUCUAGUUUGAAA